UAUCUUGUCAGACUAAAUUGUAAACUGAAGCGAGAUGUGGCCGCGUUUUGGCAUUAAAAUUGGUAACAGCACACUGUGCAUCGCUUACGUAAGGGCCGAUGGCAAGGCCGAAGUCAUCGCCAACAAGCAGGGCGAUCGCGUCUCGCAAGCGUGUUUGCUGUGGAACGGUGACUCCGAAACGGAAUGCGGCCUUACGGCGAAACAAAAGAUGGCCACACGACCCAAGCAAGCGGUGGCUCACAGUUUUCAGCUGCUGCAAUCAAAGUCUGAAAUUACCGAGGACAAACUGACGAGUGCCCUGAAGGAGGUGCCGUGUGAAUAUGACAAGGAGUCGUUCGUGUUCCGCAUGGAGCACACAAAGCCAGCCGAUCGUGAGGAUCAAGACGAUAUUGUAGUAACGAAAGAGAUGAGCGCAUUUCAAGUAACUGUUGAACUGCUUCGCGCUGAACUGGAACUGGCGCGACAAUAUCACACGGCCAGCGAUCAGGCGCCGAUGGCGGUGCUCUCUAUACCCAGCUAUUAUCCACCGCAAUCGGUAAAGUUACUUUCGGACGCUGCCAAGGACGCUGGCUUUCAGGUGGCACAGAUCAUUGCCGAGCAUACAGCCGCGGUGCUCUGCUAUAAAAUCGCCGAGGAGCAGCUGGAACAGUCGUUGGAUCGUCAGCACGUGCUGACCAUCAAAUGUGGCGGUCUGUACAGCGAUUUUGUUCUGUAUGCCGUUGAGAAUGGCUACCUAAUUGAGCUGGCUAAAUAUGGACCGUUUCCCAUUGGUGGGAAGCAGUUUACCGAGGCUCUAGUGCAGUUCAUCUGCGAGGAGUUCAAGCGCAAGUACAAACUGGAUCCGCACGAGUCACGUCGUUCGCUGGCCAAAAUCCGCACUGCCGCCGCUAAUUGCAAGCAUAUCCUGACGACGCUGCCCUCCACGCAGCUCUACAUUGAUUCCCUAAUGGAUGGCGUCGAUUUCAAUGCGCAAAUGUCGCGUGCCCGCUUCGAGAGCCUCAUACAGCCGGUGAUCAACGGGCUGAUACAGCAGCUCAGCGAAUGUUUGGAACGUGCACAGCAGGCACAUCCGGAGCUGAAAGUCAUCGAUCAUAUUGUACUGCUGGGCGCCACCAUGCAAAUACCAAAACUGCAGUCGGCGCUGGCAGCUCGCUAUCCGGAUGCCAAGCUGCAUAACAGCCACUCGACGGACGAGGUGGUUGCCAUUGGCUGUGCACGGCAAGCGGUUUUCCUGCUGGAUCCGUUGCAUUCACAGCUGCAGAAGGCCGACGAUUGUGUACUCGUCGAGGAUGAUUUGUACAUUUGGCACGGCAACGAUGACUCCAAUGCCAAACUGGUGCUCAGCAAGGGCAGCAUACUGCCGGCCAAGAUCAAAGUAUCGCUGCCCCAGUCCGGCCAGGCUGAUGCCAGCGAUGCCGCUUUAGCCUCAUUCAAGCUGCGCACUGGACAGAGCGAGAUAAUGGCCCAUCUGCCGGAUACGACGCCCACCAUUGACGAUGGCCUGUUCCAACUGGAGGUGGAGGUGGACUGGGACGACAAGGAUGGUAACAUAGUGCCUCUGGUGCGGCUGCGUUGUAUGUGAACUCAAACAUUUAGUCUAUUUAUUGUUGGUAGCCUAAUACUUAUCAUAAACGAGUAUCUAAUAAAUUCAAAAAAGCAUCAAUCAA